AUGGCCCGCUUCCCCGACCUGCCCCAGACCCCGCGACGGCCGCCGGUCUCUUAUGUCUCUCCUCCCACCCCAAAGAUUGCCGAUGCUUGCCUUUUCCCGAAACCGGUCCAUGCCGCCGCCCAGGCUGCCCAUCAAUCUUCUGCCCCUAUCACUAUGCAUCUCUUCGGUUGCCAAGAUGCGAGCAUGAUUGAACAAGCAUUCGAGCUGCCGUCCGACUCCAUUAUGGUGGCUGUACCGCAUCCUUCCAAGAAGACAAGAUUUGCCAAGACGAAGGAGCAGGUUGUCUACUGCCAAGCCCACAACAAAGUGGCGACAGCAGAACGCUCGGACUAUUGGGAGAGCAACGCGUGUGCUAUGCCAGUAUGA